CUACGUCGACGCAAAAUAGUUUCGCGUCUCGACGGACAUCUUUCUGACGAAUCAUCGCGUUUGCGGGCGUGUGUUAGAGAUAUUCCCGAGUCGGCUGGUCCGCAGCGUUUCGACGAGACACCAUACUGCGCAUCUCGUUUCGCAACAUAAGAAAGGCGAAUUUUCACAACAAUAAUUGAACCCAGCUGGUAACAUGAAGCUCUUCAGUCCAGAAGUGCUCGGUGCGGUUCUGUUUAUUGCAUCAACUGCCGACGCCAUUUCGUUGACGAUUGACAGCGCUGAUUCGGUCAAGAGCGCCGCAGGCGCUGUCGCCAAGGGCCUUACCAGCUACUACACCGGAUACCGACCUGGCGAUGUACCCGGCAAUCUCCCAGAUCCCUAUUACUGGUGGGAGGCUGGCGCCAUGUUCAACGCCCUGAUCGAUUACUGGCAUUACACCGGAGACGAUCAAUACAACGAAAUCAUAUUUCAGGCUCUGUUGCAUCAAACGGGAGAAGAUGACGACUACAUGCCUGUAAAUCAAAGCCAGUCACUUGGUAAUGAUGAUCAAGGGUUUUGGGGUAUGGCUGCUAUGAGUGCAGCCGAGCGUGGAUUCAAAGACCCUCCAGCGGACCAGCCCCAAUGGCUCGCCCUAGCUCAGGCCGUCUUCAACACUCAAGCGUCGCGUUGGGACACAACCACAUGCGGUGGUGGUCUGAGGUGGCAAAUUUUCACCUUCAACAACGGAUACAACUAUAAGAACACAAUCUCGAAUGGGUGCUUUUUCAACGUUGCUGCCCGUCUCGCCAGGUACACCGGUAACAACACGUAUUCAGACUGGGCCGAGAAAACAUGGGACUGGGUUCGUAGUAUCAGCCUCUCUGACGACACUGUUCAUUUCUUCGACGGGUCCGACGAUUUGAAGAAUUGUUCGGAAGUCAAUCACAUUCAGUGGACAUACAACGCCGGGAUCUUCAUGCUUGGAGCUGCACACAUGUACAAUUACACGGAGUCUGAAACGUGGAAGAGCCGUCUGGACGGAAUUAUCAAGGGUGUUAGCGUAUUCCUUUCGCCAGACGCCAACAACGUCAUUUAUGAAGUUGCUUGUGAACCCCACAAUACCUGCGACGAAGACCAGCGUUCUUUUAAAGCGUACCUCGCCCGCUGGAUUGGGUCUACCAUGCAAGUAGCUCCCUAUACCCAGGAAACACUUAUGCCCAUCCUGCAGGCUUCAGCUGCGGCUGCCGCUAAAGUUUGUGCUGAUGAUGGAACAUGUGGCCAGGUGUGGUACACAGGUACUGACGAUGGACUCCGCGGAGUUGGUGAGCAGAUGUCUGCACUGGAGGUGAUGCAGAAUUUGUUAGCACCAAGCUCUAGUCCACCUUUGACCAAUACGACCGGUGGUACCAGUAUCGGCAACCCUAAUGCUGGCGCUGACAGCAAAGACUCGCCUAUUGUAUUCUCGCAGGUCACGGCUGGUGAUAAGGCUGGUGCUGGAUUCUUAACAACGCUCGUUCUCGUCGGAAUACUUGCCGGGGCCUACUGGAUGAUCGCGUACUAA